UUUUAUUUUGUUAUGGUUUGUGGGUUUUGUUGUCAGAAUCUAAGGAUCAAAUGAUCUCAGAUACGAUGGGUUAGAAAUGUGCAUAGAUAAUGGAAAUGUGCCAUAAUUUUUUACUAUUUUAUACAUUUUCUACAUGAAUAAUUAUAAUUUAGUGGCUGUAAUUGCUAAAAAAGAAGCAGUGUAAUUACUUUAAUAAUGGCAAGUAUAUGUGCUCGACGUUUGUGUCAGAGAAAACUAUCGUUGGCUAUCCGUCAACAUAAACUAUUAAUGAAAGUAUCACGUUUAAAUAAAUUUCAUUUUUAUGCGAACAACGAAAUUUAUGGCAGCAAUUGGCGAAUGUCACAGGUAUCUUUAUCGUCACCGUUAUUAACGAGAUCUCUCUCAGAACAGAAGAAAGAAUCUAAUCAAGGCAAAGAUUUACAUCCCAAACAAAAAACUACUUUAUUUCAACGAUUUAAGCAAAUGUAUAGAGAUUACUGGUAUGUUCUCGUACCUGUCCACUUAGUUACAUCUGCUGCAUGGUUUGGAGGGUUUUACUAUUUAGCAAAGAGUGGUGUAGAUGUAGUAGCUAUCUUGGAAAGCAUGCACAUCAGUGAAAGAAUAGUUAAUCCUUUAAGAGAUUCAAGUUUAGGAUACAUAGCUGUAUCUUAUGCACUAUAUAAGAUUGCUACACCUUUGAGGUAUACUGUGACAUUAGGUGGCACUACCAUUUCUAUUAAAUUUUUAAAAGAGUGGGGGUAUAUUAAACCAGUUCCAAGUAAAGAGCAACUUAAAGAAAUGUAUAAAGAAAAAAAAGAUUCAUUAAUAAUAACAGUAAGAGAAAAAAGAGAUGAAUUAGUUCAGAAGAAAGAUCAACUUAAAGAUAAAAAAGAUGCUUUUGUUGAUAAUCUUGAAACAAACUUAAAAAAAAAAAUUAAAGAAUCAGCAGGUGACAUUACCAAUAAAAAAUUGUUUGGUCACUUGGAGAAAAAUAUUAAACAAUCUGGGGAUGAUAAACAUACCACAAGAGAGGAUUUUUCAAGUGAAAUAUCUAAAAACCGUAAGAACUAAUAGAUUUUGUAAUGAUUUGCUAGCCUGUGACAUUAUCGUUUUAGGAUGAAUUAAUAUUUUUUAAAAGAUGUAAUAACCACUGUAAAUUUCCACAUUUUAUGGAUGUAAGUGUACAGAUGUUUUUUGUAGUGAAUAAAAUUCUUAUUAUUUUUUGUUUAA